CUGGCGUGUGCCAUAUCCGGGUUGGUAGUUUCUGUCAUGGCCGACGACGGACGGCGGGGCGAGAAUUACAGGUCUGGUUACCGCUGAGGGAAGUGAGGAAGGGCGCGGUGGAGGGGCCGGCCCGGCGUAAGGGAGGAAAAUGAGUUGGUUCAACGCCUCGCAGCUCUCGACCUUCGCCAAGCAGGCUCUGUCGCAGGCGCAGAAGUCCAUCGACCGAGUGCUGGAUAUCCAAGGCGAGGAGGAGGAGGAGGGCGAGGGGGGCCCUGCCGGAACUGCCCUGUCCCGCGUCGGAGAGGCAGGAAAAAGUUCUCUGGCAAGUGGAAGAUGGGAUACUUCUACUUGGGGGGCCAAUACAAAUGUAGAAACUCAAAGUCACCCGAUAUCAUCUCCUGCAGCCAUUACCAAACCAGUUCAGAGAACUGUGGUAGAUGAAUCAGAAACUUUUUUUAGUGCCUUUCUCCCACCAACAGGUGUCCAGAGCAUACAGCAAAGCCCAGUGGUAUCUAAGCCACCUGCCAAAUUGCAGCAUCCCAAAGAAGAAAUAAAAAGCACACUGCAGGAACCUCUGCUUGUUGACCUGCCAGAAACAGAAACAAAAGACUUUUCUAUAGAAUUGAAAAGCUUUAAUAAUGGCCAGCAAAACUUAGAAGAAAAUAAUUCAGUGCUUAAUAUCAACAUCAAGUAUGAUGGAAACAGUAGUAAAAGCACUGAUCAAGAAGCAUCUUCUCAGAAUCUCACGGUAGCAGAAUCCACUUCUGUUGUGAAGUCAGAUUCAAGGAAUGAUAGAUCUGGGCAUGUGAAUGAUAUCUCUACACAAGCUCUGCCAGCAGAGACAAAAAAUUUGGGUUUGGAUACUAAAGAGCAAAAAAGUGAGGACAGACAAAGCAAUACCCCUUCACCUCCAAUUAGCACUUUCUCCUCAGGAACAUCUACAACUAGUGAUAUUGAAGUUUUGGACCAUGAAAGUGUUAUAAGUGAGAGCUCAGCUAGUUCAAGGCAAGAGGCAGCAGAUUCAAAAGCCAGUCUCCAUCUGAUGCAAACCUCCUUUCAGCUUCUGACAGCAUCUUCUUGUACAGAAUAUAAUCAUCUGGAAGACUUUCACAAAUUGACAGAGAGUUGCUGUUCCUCUGAUGCUUUUGAAAGAAUAGACUCCUUUAGUGUACAGUCUUUAGACAGUCGUAGCAUAAGUGAAAUAAAUUCAGAUGAUGAAUUGUCAGGUAGGGGGUGUGUUUCAACUUCCAUCGCUAUCAACUCUCCAGCUCUAAAAAGUGAUGAGACUGAACCUAUAAAAAGUAUGUCUGAUGAAAUCCUAAAUGAAAAUCCCGUACUACCCAUGGAAGAAAUGGAAAUGGAAGAGAGUGGGCGAAGUGCAACUCCUGUUAAUUCUGAACAGCCUGAUAUCUUGGCUGUUUCAGUGCAGACUGAUGAAGAGCAGAGCCAGAAAGAAGGGAAAGUGGUACUUCAGCUCUCAAAUGAAAAAUUAUCUACUGUACAAUGUGAAAAACAAGAGCUUUGCAAGAUUAUUGAUUCACUGACGGAAAAACUAGAGAUGAGGGAAGCACGUCUACUAAGUGUUAGUAAAGAAAAGGCAUACUUAGAAGAAACCUGUGAUAACCUUAAAGAUGAAAUCUUCAAAAUAAAAGAAGAGAAUAGUAGCAUUUCAUCUCUUAAGGAAGAAUUUGCUCAACGAAUAGCAGAUGCAGAAAAAAAAGUUCAGUUAGCAUGCAAAGAAAGAGAUACAGCUAAAAAGGAAAUAAAGGUUCUCAAAGAAGAUCUAGCAACUAGGUUGAACAGCAAUGAAACAGCAGAAUUACUAAAGGAGAAAGAUGAACAAAUUAAAGGAUUACUGGAGGAAGGAGAAAAGCUUUCAAAACAGCAGCUACAAAAUUCUAACAUCAUUAAGAAAUUAAGAGCCAAGGAGAAGGAAAGAGAAAAUACUAAUACAAAGCAGAGUAAGAAAAUUAAGGAAUUAGAAGAAGAGUUGCAGCAUCUGAAACAGAUAUUGGAUGGCAAAGAAGAAAUUGAAAAACAACAUAGAGAGAACAUUAAACAGCUAAGUAGUGUUGUUGAAUGCCAAGUGAAGGACCUUACACGACUUCAGGGAGAUCUUGAAGAUCUUGAAGAAAAAAACAGAAGUGUGCAGGCAGCUCUUGAUAAUGCAUACAAAGAACUUGCAGAUCUUCACAAAGCUAAUGCUGCGAAAGACUGUGAAGCGCAAGAAGCAGCAUUAAGUCAUGAAAUGAAAGUUAAGGAGGAACUGGGUUUAAUUCUGGAAAAGGCCCAGGAGGAGGCUCAUCAGCAACAAGAAGCUUUAGCAAUUCAGGUGGCAGACUUGAGAAUUGCAUUGCAACGUGCAGAACAACAAGCAGCUAGAAAGGAGGAUUAUUUACGCCAGGAAAUUAGCGAUCUUCAGCAGAGACUUCAAGAAGCUGAGACUCGCAACCAAGAACUCAGUCAAAGUGUUACAUCUGCUACUAGACCUUUGCUCCGGCAGAUAGAAAACUUGCAAGCUACCCUGGGAGCACAGACCUUGUCAUGGGAAAAACUGGAGAAAAAUCUUUCUGAGAGGCUUGGAGAAUCUCAAGCUGCCUUGGCAGCACAGACUGAAAGAGAGCGUGCUGCUACAGAAGAACUUCUUUCCAACAAAAUCCAACUUUCUUCCACGGAAUCACAGAAUAGUCUCCUGAGACAAGAAAACAGUCGCCUUCAAGCUCAACUUGAAGCAGAAAAAUCCAGGCUUAAGAAACUAGAAAAUGAAAACAAUCGAUACGAAGUUGAGCUAGAAAAUCUUAAAGAAGAAUAUGUAAAAGCUGUUGAAGGGGCAAAGAAAGAAAAGAUGUUGUUAUCAACUCAGUUAGAAAUGGAAAAAAUGAAAGUUGAACAAGAAAAAAAGAAAGCAAUAUUUGUCCAAGAGUCUGCAAGAGAAAAGGAGCGUAAAUUAUACAUUUCAUCAACAAUGGAAACAGUGUCAAGCACCCCAACUCUCUCACGCUCAAGCUCCAUAAGUGGAGUUGAUAUGGCAGGUCUCCAAACAUCCUUCAUAUGUCAGGAUGACCCAUAUGAUCAUUCCUUUGGUUCAGUGACUACGAGUGGGACCAAUCUCUAUGACGUAAUGAGAAUGGGAGCAGGCUCGAGUAUUAUAGAAAAUCUCCAAUCACAAUUAAAAUUACGGGACGGAGAGAUUUCUCAUCUCCAGUUGGAAAUUGGAAACCUUGAAAGGACUCGAUCAGUAAUGGCUGAAGAGCUGGUGAAAUUAACAAAUCAAAAUGAUGACUUAGAAGAAAAAAUUAAGGAGAUUCCCAAGUUACGUGCACAAUUAAGGGAUUUGGAUCAGAGAUACAAUACCAUUCUGCAGAUGUAUGGAGAGAAAGCAGAAGAAGCAGAAGAACUGAGGUUGGAUCUUGAAGAUGUAAAAAAUAUGUAUAAGACUCAGAUUGAUGAACUUCUGAAGCAAAGGCAUAGCUAAUUAUUGUUUAGGCUUUGAUCUAAAAACAAUGUUGCAUUAAACUGUAGAGAUGUUUCUGUAAAUGCAGUUAAUCUGUAAAAAAAUUGUACUAUAAAGUGAUUAUAAUGUUGAGUUCAUAUGUUGGCAGGAAUCAUUGUGCUUUUAUGAUGACUGGCUGUCAGCAAUUAAAUUAUUUGUUAAUAUUUAA